GGGGUGUUACCUGAGCCCCUCCCCCUGUAGCAGAUAAAGGCAGCUCAGCCCGUCCGCCGCUGCAUUCUCCUCUCCUCCACCCAGAGCAGCAGAACUCCUCCAGCAUGGCCUCCGUCUUCUCCACCCACUCCUCCUCCUACUCCAGCGGGGGCCGCCUGGGCUCCAUGAGGGGCGGCGGCGGCGCCGGCAGCGUCUACGGCGGCGCCGGCGGCACCGGGGUCCGGAUCUCCAGCAGCACCGCCUCCAGAAGCUUCGCCUCUGGUGGAGGUGCAGGCUUUGCUGCAGGUGGAGGCGGCGCAGGCUUCGCCUCCGGUGGAGGUGCGGGCUUCUCUGCAGGCGGGGGCUUCAACCUGUCCGACGGCCUGGACAUCUCCGACAACAAGAAGGCGGCCAUGCAGAACCUGAACGACCGUCUGGCCUCCUACCUGGCGAAGGUCCGCAGCCUGGAGGCGGCCAACGCCGAGCUGGAGAAGAAGAUCCGUGAGUUCCUGGACAAGAAGGCCCAACCUGCGAGCCAAGACUACUCCAGGUUCUACACCAUCAUCAGCGACCUGCAGAACCAGAUCAUUGAUGCCACCCGGAUCAACGGGUCUCUGCACCUUUCCAUCGACAACGCCAAGCUGGCCACUGAUGACUUCAGGAUUAAGUACGAGAACGAGCUGGCCAUGCGGCAGUCGGUGGAGGCCGACAUCGCCGGGCUGAAGAGGCUCCUGGACGAGCUGACGCUGGCCAGGUCCGACCUGGAGAUGCAGAUCGAGUCUCUGAGGGAGGAGCUGAUCUACCUGAAGAAGAACCACGAGGAGGAUCUGCUGAGCAUGAGGUCACAGGUGGGCGGGCAGGUCAACGUGGAGGUGGAAGCCGCGCAGCAGCCGGAUCUGACCGCCAUGAUGGCCGAAAUCAGAGAACACUACGAGGGCGUCGCCGCCAAGAACCGCAAAGACCUGGAUAACUGGUUCCAGGCCAAGUCUGAGGAGCUUCAGAAAGAAACCGCCGUCAGCACAGAAACGCUCCAAACGUCUCGCUCUGAGAUCUCAGAUGUCAAACGGACGCUGCAAAAUCUGGAGAUCGAGCUCCAGUCGCAACUCAGCAUGAAAGCAUCUCUGGAGGCAACGCUGGCGGAAACGCAGAGCAGGUACGGCAGCAUGCUGGGCGGCUUCCAGAGGCAGGUGUCGUCUCUGGAGCAGCAGCUGAUGCAGCUGAGGGCCGACCUGGAGCGGCAGGGACAGGAGUACCAGAUGCUGCUGGACAUGAAGACCCGACUGGAGAUGGAGAUCGCAGAAUACCGCCGCCUGCUGGACGGAGAGGGAGUCGGCGGCUCCUCUUCCUCCUCGUCUACAAAGACGACGACCAGGAAGGUGAUGAUCGUCACCAAGGAGACGUCAGAGAACGGAGAGGUCAUCACCGAAUCCCAGGAAUACUCAUGAGACGUUGAACAUCCGCUGUUCUCUCCAAUAAAACUCUACUGAUCAACA